AUGAUCAUCGCAGCCUCGCGAGCCUUGGCCUUGCUGGUCUCUGUCGUGCUCUGCGCAUUGAUCGACGAUGUGCUAGGGGCCGGCAAAGGCUCAAAGAAGCCUUAUGUGCUCCCAGAAACGGAGCCACGGGUUUCUGGCAAUCUUCAAGUCAAGGUCGAUUGGCCACUGGUGGCGAACAAGUGGCCCAACCAGUCUCCGAGUGUAUCCUCACUCUCUCACUAUUGGGUGACGACCAGCCACAUCAAGUCGAUUCCCAAAUCUCUGUCCGACGGUCAACUGCUACAGCUGGCUAUGGAUGCCUAUGGCGAAAUGGCCGAUGCCAUCAAGGCUUACGGCGCCAGCCAGGACGCGAGGCCUUCCGCCAUGACUGCAUUGGCCUUUGACGAUGAAGUCAUUUUGGCUUCUUCGCAGAAGGGAUACGGGUCCUAUUCGUAUGACCUAGAGCAUACACCGGUCUAUUCAGCAUUGAAGCUCUGCCAACUUGCCAAAGUAACAUCAAAAAGUGUAGGCGGGCUGGGUGGCAAUCAAGCCAUGUGCGGCCAGGUCACGGCCCUUCAACUAUAUCACCGCCAAUAUCCCGGCAGAAAAGAUUUCAAGGGAAGAAACGCCAGGAUAGUCACCGUAUCUUCUCAAGAAUCAACCGAGGGGGAUAAGAAUGGUAACAAGAUGGGACAAGUCAAGUGGGUCGACACUUGUCCUCAGCCGGCGACUCAGGGCGGUCCAAUGGCCGAUUGGGGUUGUGAUAAGGUGCUGGGUCAGCAACGCGUUAGAAAGAUCCCGAGCCCGGAGACAAGGGGCAGGAAGUACGUGGCUCAACCCUAUGAUAUUAAAGGGGCGACAAAAGGACAGGUUCAGCUAUGUCAGUAG